GGCUGCGGUCCGGAGGCGCGUGGGACGGGCGGGGCAGUCUGUGGCUCUUGCAGUGCCCGUGGCUGGGUCUGUUCGCUGGACGCCGGCCAGGGAUGCUUCCGCCGGACCGCUGUGUGGGUCUUGGGUUGUGGCGGAGGGAUGGCGAAUGUGCAGGUGGCCGUGAGGGUCCGGCCUCUCAGCCAGCGGGAGACCAAAGAAGGGGGAAGAAUUAUUGUGGAAGUUGAUGACAAAGUGGCAAAAAUCAGGAAUGUAAAGGUGGACAGUCGACCAGAGAGCUUUGGAGACACCCGGGAGAAGGUUGUGGCAUUUGGCUUUGAUUACUGCUAUUGGUCAGUCAACCCAGAGGACCCUCACUAUGCAUCUCAGGAAGCGGUGUUCCAGGACUUGGGGACUGAAGUACUGUCUGGAGCAGCCAAAGGCUACAACAUAUGUCUCUUUGCCUAUGGGCAGACAGGCACUGGGAAGACAUACACCAUGCUGGGGACUCCAGCCUCUGUUGGGCUGACUCCAAGGAUAUGUGAGGGUCUCUUCAUCAGGGAGGAUGACUGUGCCUUGCUCCCUUAUUCCCGUAGCAUAAAAGUAAGCUUCCUGGAAAUCUACAAUGAACGGGUGAGAGAUCUUUUGAAGCAAUCCAAUCAAAAUAAGUCUUAUACCUUAAGAGUCAGGAGCACCCAGAGAUGGGGCCCUACGUUCAAG